AUGUGCCCACUUAGUCCACACGUGCCCACUCAGUCAAAACGUGCCCGCACAGUACACACGUGCCGGCACAGUACACACAUGUCCGCACAGUACACACGUGCCCACUCAGUCCACACGUGCCCUUUGAGUCCACACGUGCCCGCACAUUACACACGUGCCCACACAGUACACACGUGCCCGCACAGCCAAAGGUGCCCGCGCAGCCCAACGGUGCCUGCACAGCUCACACGUGCCCACUCAGUCCACACGUGCCCACUCAGUCCACACGUGCCCACUCAGUCCACACGUGCCCACUCAGUCCACACGUGCCCACUCAGUCCACACGUGCCCACUCAGUCCACACGUGCCCACUCAGUCCACACGUGCCCACUCAGUCCACACGUGCCCACUCAGUCCACACGUGCCCACUCAGUCCACACGUGCCCACUCAGUCCACACGUGCCCACUCAGUCCACACGUGCCCACUCAGUCCACACGUGCCCACUCAGUCCACACGUGCCCACUCAGUCCACACGUGCCCACUCAGUCCACACGUGCCCACUCAGUCCACACGUGCCCACUCAGUCCACACGUGCCCACUCAGUCCACACGUGCCCACUCAGUCCACACGUGCCCACUCAGUCCACACGUGCCCACUCAGUCCACACGUGCCCACUCAGUCCACACGUGCCCACUCAGUCCACACGUGCCCACUCAGUCCACACGUGCCCACUCAGUCCACACGUGCCCACUCAGUCCACACGUGCCCACUCAGUCCACACGUGCCCACUCAGUCCACACGUGCCCACUCAGUCCACACGUGCCCACUCAGUCCACACGUGCCCACUCAAUCCACACGUGCCCACUCAGUCCACACGUGCCCACUCAGUCCACACGUGCCCACUCAGUCCACACGUGCCCACUCAGGCCACACGUGCCCACUCAGGCCACACGUGCCCACUCAGGCCACACAUGCCCACUCUGACCACACGUGCCCACUCUGACCACACGUGCCCCCUCAGUCCACAUGAGCCCGAUCAGUCCACACGUGCUCGCUUAGUCCACACGUGCUAG